CAAAAAAUAAAAUACAAAGAAAAAGCCACCACUCUGCCUAACAUAACUGUAAUAUCGAUCGUCCUCUCUAUCUUGAUCGGCGAUGGACACCACCUCCGACGGAGACACGUCCGCGUCGUACAGAGAGAAGGCUAAGGAGAAGGAACGGGUGAGCAGGACGUCGCUGAUUCACUGGCAUUCGCACCAUAACGACGCCGCGGCGGUUCGGAAGCUUCUAGAAGAGGAUCCCUCCCUCGUGCAUGCACGUGACUAUGACAACCGAACGCCCCUCCACGUGGCCUCCCUCCACGGCUGGGCCGACGUUGCCAGCUGCCUCAUAGAGUUUGGUGCUGACGUCAACGCCCAAGACCGAUGGAGAAACACGCCCCUGGCUGAUGCGGAAGGAGCAAAGAGGAAUUCAGUGAUUGAGCUUUUGAAGUUACGUGGAGGAUUGUCUUAUGGCCAAAAUGGAAGUCAUUUAGAACAUAGGCCUGUUCCACCCCCAUUGCCUAACAGGUGUGAUUGGGAAGUUGACCCUACAGAGCUGGACUUCUCGAAUUCAAUUUGUAUUGGAAAGGGAUCUUUUGGUGAGAUUUUAAGAGCUCAUUGGCGUGGAACACCUGUUGCUGUCAAACGCAUUCUUCCAGCUCUUUCAGAUGAUAGAUUGGUGAUUCAGGACUUCAGGCAUGAGGUUAAUUUGCUAGUGAAACUUCGCCACCCUAAUGUUGUUCAAUUUCUUGGAGCUGUUACUGAUAGGAAGCCUCUAAUGUUGAUUACUGAGUAUCUAAGAGGGGGUGAUCUUCAUAGGUACCUCAAGGUUAAAAGUUCACUUAGUACUUCAACAGCGAUCAACUUUGCCAUGGAUAUUGCCAGAGGGAUGGCCUAUCUUCACAGUGAACCAAAUGUUAUAAUUCAUCGAGAUCUCAAGCCAAGGAAUGUUCUUUUGGUCAAUUCUUGUGCCGACUAUUUAAAAGUAGGAGAUUUUGGACUUAGCAAGCUUAUUAAAGUCAAAAGUUCUCAUGAUGUGUACAAGAUGACUGGUGAAACUGGAAGUUACCGCUAUAUGGCUCCUGAAGUUUUCAAACACCGGAGAUAUGACAAGAAGGUUGAUGUGUUCUCCUUUGCUAUGAUUUUGUAUGAGAUGCUUGAAGGUGAACCACCAUUUACAAAUUUAGAACCUUAUGAGGGAGCCAAGCAUGUGGCUGAGGGACACAGGCCAAUUAUUCGAGCGAAAGGUUAUGGUCCUGAACUACGAGAGUUAAUAGAGCUUUGUUGGGCUGGUGACAUGACUCAAAGACCUUCCUUCCUAGAUAUCCUUAAACGGCUUGAGAAGAUCAAAGAAAAACCUUCAGAGCAUCACUGGCAUUUGUUCUCUUCAUAAACUAUGGGAACAUUCAAAUGUCAAGAGACUCGUGAUUAUUUUCAAUUACAAAAUACCUUCGCCACCGCCUGCAGGAUUUGUGAAUAGAGCCAACAUGGAAAACCAACAAAUUCUCGAGGUUUGUAUACUACUACAAUGAGCAAGCAGGAUAUCUUGAAUUGUUUAUGGCUUUUUUUUAAGUUUCUGAGUUUGAUUUCUCUUAUCAAAAUUCUUGGGCGGUCUAGAUAGACAACAGAUAAACAACGUAAAUAAUGGGCUACACUAUAGGUCCACUAAACAUUAAAAAAAUAUAUUAUCCAUCCUUACUCUCAAUUACACUUUUCUCCUUUCUCAUUAACCUAUUUUCCCCUUUCCCAUCAAAGUUGCCGGCAUCACCGGACCUUAGCGCAGCAAUAAAAAAACAUCCAUGUACAAUAAAAUGUUAUAUCCAUCGAAUUUAAAAGAAACAUCCAUGUAUAAUAAAAACGAAAUAUGCGUGUACAAUAAAAACGAAAUAUCUGGGAGGCUGUGCUUUGAUGGAAGGUGGAGGGCGCCCUGCGUCGCAGAAGGAGAAAAAGAAGACCGACGGCGGCGGAGGGACACGAUGGAGGACGAUGAUGCGAUGGGUGCCGCAAUCCUGUCAUUGAUGCGACUUCUCCCUGUAGCAGCGACGUGAAGCCUGAUGAACAGUAGCAGCGACAGAGGGAAGAGGCAGUCCCCGCGGUGCAAAUGGAGGACGAAGCUGGGCUGUCUGCAGCGGUGCAAUGGAGGCGCGACGAGACUGGGCUGCCUACAGCGAUGGGCGAGAUGGAGGCGCGAUGAGGUUGGGCUGCGUGUGGUAGUUGC